AUGGCGAGUCAUGAACAUCUUCCAACGCCGCUCAGAAGAGUGUUUGGAACAGAAGAGACAUCAUUUGAAGAAGGUCAUAUUCAAAUACUGACUGAUAAACUACGCGAAGACAAUCACAGAAUGACCGUGUAUCCUGUCCGAAUAGAUACUCAAGGGAUUAUAUAUCCUCGUCAUUUGCAAUACAGACGCCGUGGUCAAGUUACCUGGCAUGGUAAAACACGUUACAGGUUCCAGGCAUUUAAUCGUACUUUGGUGAUCGAAUUGCAGCCAUACUACCAAGUUGUGAAACUCAACUCCACGAAGUCAGAACCAAGAACUCGAAUUAAGUCUGGAUGUUACUACAAAGGCCGAGUGCUGAGAGAAGCUCUAUCCUCAGUGAAAGUCAGUCUUUGCGAAGGGAUGACAGGUGACAUUCGCACAUCUUAUGGCGACUACGUCAUCCAUCCAUCUUCGAUACGCACAGAUGAUUCAAUCAUGCCACAUCAUCUAUCCAUCCUAGAGUAUCCCGAUUCUGAACGUCCGUGGAGGCCUCUACAUGCUAAAGGCAUCCAAUUCUGUGAUUUAGAAGGUAUGAAAACUUAUUGUUGA